AUUUCCUCUCCUCCCCGCCCAGCCUGUCCGGGCAGAACCGCACACCUCCGUCUUGGAGCUCAACCAAGCGGUCUCUCCGCCUUGCCCCUGCUCCGAAGCCUGCCCGUUCGGUGCCUGGAACCUCACUCUUCGGAGAGGGCUAGUCCUGCGCAUUUCUUUUUGCGGAGGCAGCACGCCUGCUCUGCAUAUUAUGAGUCUUCCUGAUGGCUCAUCUUAUCAACGCUCCCUCUCUUGGGAAUGUGCAAUUCUUUUUUUCCUUUCACCUUCCUGUGUCACUUUGAAUAUGUCAGGUUUAGUAGCUCCAUCCACGGCCAUCUCUAAUCGCUAGGGUUCCCCCCUUCCCCCCCCCACCGCCAAGAUAUGUUUUCUAAUCUCAUUUUAACGUAUCUCAGGCCUUUAUAGAAACUUAACAGUGUUGUGGCAUUUUCAUUAGGAUGGGAGGGAAUCUCCAUUGAUGUUGACAACGAAGUAUGGCACAGUUACGCUAACAGGCACCCGACGCUGUGUGCUGGGGAUGAAGUGGGUAAAGGUCAAUUUCUCUUUGGCAGGCACACAUCUCACAGUCUUCUAGGAUCUCCAGGGUGAAACUCAUUGAGGACCAUAUUCUGAUUUGGAGGGACCAUGGAGCAGUAUACAGCAAACAGCAAUAGUUCAACAGAACAGAUUGUUGUACAGGCUGGACAGAUUCAGCAGCAGCAGCAGGGUGGUGUCACUGCUGUCCAGUUGCAGACUGAGGCCCAGGUGGCAUCCGCCUCAGGCCAGCAAGUCCAGACCCUCCAGGUAGUCCAGGGGCAGCCAUUAAUGGUACAGGUCAGUGGAGGCCAGUUAAUCACAUCAACUGGUCAACCCAUCAUGGUCCAGGCUGUCCCUGGUGGACAAGGCCAAACCAUUAUGCAAGUACCUGUAUCUGGGACACAGGGUUUACAGCAGAUACAGUUGGUCCCACCUGGACAGAUCCAGAUCCAGGGUGGGCAGGCCGUGCAGGUGCAGGGCCAACAGGGCCAGACGCAGCAGAUCAUCAUCCAGCAGCCCCAGACAGCCGUGACCGCUGGCCAGACUCAGACACAGCAGCAGAUUGCUGUGCAGGGGCAGCAAGUGGCACAAACUGCUGAAGGGCAGACUAUCGUCUAUCAGCCAGUUAAUGCAGAUGGCACUAUCCUCCAGCAAGUUACAGUCCCUGUUUCAGGCAUGAUCACCAUCCCAGCAGCCAGUUUGGCAGGAGCACAGAUUGUUCAGACAGGAGCCAACACCAACACAACUAGCAGUGGACAAGGGACUGUUACUGUGACGCUGCCCGUGGCAGGCAAUGUGGUCAAUUCAGGAGGAAUGGUUAUGAUGGUGCCUGGUGCUGGCUCAGUACCUGCUAUCCAGAGAAUCCCUCUACCCGGAGCAGAGAUGCUCGAAGAAGAACCUCUCUAUGUCAAUGCCAAACAGUACCACCGAAUACUUAAGAGGAGACAAGCCAGGGCUAAACUGGAGGCAGAAGGAAAAAUCCCAAAGGAAAGAAGGAAAUACCUUCACGAGUCUCGACACCGUCAUGCUAUGGCACGGAAGCGUGGUGAAGGUGGACGGUUUUUCUCUCCAAAGGAAAAGGAUAGUCCCCAUAUGCAGGAUCCAAACCAAGCAGAUGAAGAAGCAAUGACACAGAUCAUCCGAGUGUCCUAACCCCAUGACAUGUGAUGGGGCUGAUCAAAAUCAUGUUCCUCACCACUGCUUCCCACUGUUCCAGGAAACUGAUCAACUCUUCCGAUGGGACACUGACGAUCUCAUUCUGCCCUUUUCUACAGGACAGAAACCACUUAGUUUUUAAUGAGUGGCUCAGUAUUAUAAUUGCAGCGAUGUCUGGCAAAUUGAAGUUGCAAGCCUUUGUCUCACCCUUUGAGUCAGGACCUAUUUCAGACUGUCGAUAAUACUGACAUUUCAUGGAUUAGGAUGGUGCAAGGGAUCCAUGCCAGCCCAGCGUACCACAUACAGCACUUACGUUGACUGGUGAAACCAGCCAACCAUCUCAGCAGGGGAGAGCAACCUUCUCAACCUAAACUGCAAUCAGGGAAGCCGCAGCCUAUCCCUUCCCAUGGAAUCUAAAUGGCAUCCAUCCUUCUGAUGGGAGCUCUCAGGCUGACUAACUGAAUGGACACUUUGUAUUCAGAGAUGGCUUCCAGGCAAGGAAGUUCCAUCUUACGAUAUGGAAACAAUAAAUUAUCUGAGAUAUAGUCAUCUAAUCUGUGGUUAUAAGAAUCUCUGUCUGCCCAGAUGAUAGGUUGGUAUUUUUGGACACCAGCCAAAAAAAUGCUAACUCUGGGGAUAGAAUGAUAAAAGACUGAAGCACUAAAAAUAUAAAUUGCUGAGAAUCCUUUUUUUUAGUUUUGACAAGUAGUGGUCUGCUUGUCCAUCUGUUGACAGGUCAUAUGGACCAUAGUUCUUACUAUGGCAACUUUCAAGAUAAUUAGAGAUCUUGAAACUGCCUUUCCUAAGUAGAGAACAAUUUAACGUCUGUGCUGAAAUACUGAAGACAUUUUGUAGUAACUCCUAAACAGAGAGCCAAAGUAGAAAUUUUCAAUCAUAGGCAUUGUGACAGCAUUUGGGGAAUAGACAGGUUCCUGUGUGAUUCAGUCUAGAAGAGAGAAUUGUAUUUAUAAAGCUAUGUUGUUAUAAAGCAUGAUUUUCCAGUGGAUGGAUGCCUGGAAUGGAUUGUUAAGAUGAAGAGGAUAAUUUACAUGAUAACCUUUAUACAAGCAUGGAAAGGGAGAAGUCUAAGAUUUGGUUCUUGACAAUUUCUGGAACAUACUGUUCAAUCAAGCUGUCCUGAACAUACUCCAGGUCACCUGCUAGAGUUUAAGGUGGAUGUUGGCUUCACUCCUGCAGCGCUUUGUGCUGGCCUCAGAAAGCGAACAUUCUCAUUCUUCUCAUGGCAGCUGAUUUUUGGUGCCAGUUUCCAUGUGUUUCCCCUUUUCUCCACCAGCCUUGUGCAGAAAGGUUUUCACAUUGCAUCCAUGUUCUGGGGAUAAACUACAGACUGGAAAUAGAGAUGCCUGCAGGGUCAGGAACUGGGCCACAGUACCCAGAAUCGGUUGUGCCUCAAACAUCUGUUCUAGAUGUUGAACCCUGGAAGAACUAAGAUGAUAUUUUAAAUGAGUUGCUGCCUUCUCUGGAAGCAGGAGGAGAACCUAAUUCUUUUGACGAACAUUUGGGUUUGAUUGAAAUACCACAAGUAAAAAUUGGCUUUUUCUUUGAUUUUGCUCUAGUUUGUAUUAAGAGGAAAGAGACCUGCUAAAGAAAAUGUCACAGAGGGAAAUCAUUGUAAUGCUAGAAAUUGAGAAACGGAGUUAAGCAGAGGCACCCGGAAGUGAAGGUUUCUUCCUAGUUCCUGGAAUCUGGUCAUCUGUCCUGGCUUCUGGAUGUCAGUAGGGACCAAUGACCUUUUAUAGGCUCACUAGAAAUUUCUUAUUCUAUGUGAGUUUGAGAUGAUAACUUAACCCAGUAAGCCCCAUGUCUUUCAGAUGAUAGAUUACUAAAAACAAUGAGGAUGGAAAAAUUUUUAUACCCCUUGGUUUGUUUUAGGAGUAUUUAGGAUGAGAGUUCAAAAAGAAAUUCUUCAUACCUAAUUUCUAGUCAACAGUUCUUAAAUGCUAUUUAUUUGUGUAAGUUUGUACAUAGUAAUACCAGCCCCAUAAUGUAGGAUGUAUUUUUUUUUUCAUGAGUUUGAUUUUCGUUUUGUUUGAAAUGAAAUGCUUCUGUUGCAUUUCAGAUAGCCCAUGGCCCUUUAAUUGUGGUCAUUUUUAAGUACACCAUUAUAAACCCACAAAGUAGAGAGUUGAGCUUUGGAUUUUUCUUUUGUUUCAGGUUCUUUUAUUCACUUGUACUUGUGACUGUAGUGAUGCCUUCAUAGAGAAAGAGUGAGUGGAUUAGAGAAUAGUUGUUUAGUGUGUAGUUAUUUCAGUUCUUGAACGCUUUUUUUUUGCAGGAUAAUUGUAAAUGUAUAUAUUUUAAUUGCAUUGGUACAUUGAACAUGUUAGUUUCUAUACCACUGGACCAACAGUUAUUUCUGGAUAUUGGGUGCCUGAUAAUAAUGUCUUGAUUUUCCUUUGGGACUCAAAUAUAUAUAUGUAUAGGUUUUCCUAUAUAUAUAUAUAGGUUUUUCCUCCACUAGUAGGGGGAGUACAGGUGAUGGAUCAUUGAUGUCAUUGCAAUUGUUAUUUUUUAAAAUAAAAGUAAAAAUACUAAAAACUGAAGUCUACAUCC